AUGCCGACUUUCAAUGCUAGGGGCAUCCGUGUUCGGCUGCUCCAUUCUGAUCUGGUUUCGUCUACUCUGUCAGCCACCGAAGCUCAAUUAUCGACAAAGCGAGGCCCGGAAGUCUCCGCAAGGGAAGAACGAGGAACUGCAGCGCUGCUCAAGGGACACCCACUCUAUGAGAAGCCGAUCCCAGUGGGCCUUGAUGCCGACGUGGGAGGAGCGCUCGGCUUUCUCGGGAACCCGGAGUGUCUCGAUGUCCCUUUCUACAUGGUCGUGGCCAGUGUUGAUCAAAGGGAAUCGCCGUCCCCGAAUACGCAACAACCUACAGGAUCAAUCGAAGACGGUUCGGACAUAUCCCCUUCUCUAGGGCGGACGACACCCUCGGAUCCUCAGAAGGGUAUACGGCUUAGGAUCACACACAAAGCAGCGCAGGCAUUACUUCCCCGCGGACAGAUUACGGAGAGGACCUUAAGCCCGAGUGUUCAUGCCUUGUUGCUCUCGUUCAACCUGGCUCGUCCACACACCGCUGCCGGACUCCACAUCCCACUGGUUUCUCCCCAUGCAAUUGCAGCCUGCAUCUCCAUCUCGACGAACAAUCUUCGUCCCUACGGACAGCGCGACCUCAAAGUCAUCACCUAUCUCAAUGGCACGCUUUCCAAGUGUUCGGUCUUGUAUUCUAAGCAUUUCCUACCUAAACUGAAAGCCUCGUCCACUGGAACGGACGGCAAAACGCCCCACUGUUUCACUUCCAUUGCGGCAGGUCGACGGACUCAUCAUGCCGUGGAGCGCCCGUGGGUUCUGGUGCCGCCGGGCCUCGAGGUCAAUGGGUCGCUGAUGGGUUCACGUCAGCGCUCCCGAGUUCGGCAAUCCACUUCUGAAGAACGCUGGGACCAAAUCGCCCAGUCGCUGCUCUAUGAAGCGGACAAACAUGGUCUUAACGCAUCCGGUGGUCAUCCGCCAUCCGCUGAAUAUCUUCAAAGUCUUGCAAGCCUGCCCAUGCCGGAGGAGUUCGCGCAAUUUCAGAAAUCGGGAAGUCAUCGUUUCGCCGUCAUAGAUGUCAUGGUCGUCACAGGGAAGAUCAAAGCAGGGAUGGGCAUUCGCACCCCUUGGUUGACCGAUCCUGCAGUGUCGAAAGAUCCUAGAUACAAUCGUCCAGCGCCCAGCCCACCAGUUCGGGAGAGCGAAAGGGAGUGCUGGGCAACAGUCCGACUGCGACACUGGAGGGAGAAGUGGGCGCAACGAGAGGCAAAAAACCGAGCAAAAUCGGCUUUGCGAAACGGAGCAGAGCCGGAAAAUACGGCUAAUAACUCUGAUGUUGAUAUGGAUGCUGAUAACACGAUAAUGGCCGAGAGUGAAGAGAUCUUGGUCGAUCGAAAUCAGUCAAGUAGCAUCACAUCGGCAACAAAUCGGGUCACCGACGAGGUCGCGUUGCUGCCAGUCCUUCCCUCUCGAACUGAUGAUAGCCCUCAGCCCAUCGCAAAUGCUCCAACCAACGAUGCUGUGCUGCCAGACCCAUUCUGCCUAGAUCGCUCCACAGACGCCUCCCAGAAACCUGACCUACCCUCCAAGCAGUCUUUCACUCUCCAUGGACCAAAUCCGCUGCCCAUCCAGCCGCCACCAGCAAGCCCUCCUAUGAACCUGCGCAGUAACGGUAAUAUUUCACCCCUGACUCCGCGAAAACCUAGUCCGGAAAUCAUUGUUUGGACCGAAAGUCCCACGACGGGAAUUCCACGUUCGAAAACCACUCUGGCUACAGACGACAGUGCUCUCAUGAACGGCAAGAUGGACAAUGCAGUUGAAGAGAAGCGAAACGGAUUGAAUCUCGUACCGAAAAUCACGCCCAUCACUAGGAGAAUGGCCAACAAUCAGAGCAUGUCGGAUGAAAAUCCCCUCGGCGAACAAUCCAUCCCGAUGCAAGGCACUCCUGCCGAGAUCAUAUCCAACAUCGCCCAAAUCACAACUGGACGCCUAAACGGUCAUCAUUCUACCCGAUCCAACAAUUCCACUGACCUCCAGCCGUUCAUCAGGUCAGGCCGAAAGCGCCGCUAUUCCGAUCUUGUGACCCCCAACUUCCAACCCCAAAAAGUAUUCCUCGCAAGCGAACCGGAGAACAACAAUUCCACGCUCAAGCAAUCCCCCCCGAGGAUGUUCAGCCCUCAGCACGCAUCCCCAUUUCAGGACAGCAGCACGCCGGCGCAGGACGACACGACUCCAACGACUGAAUCCUCCCGACCCGAAAUCCGGACGAUCGCGUUCAAGUACGCCGAUAAGGUGAUUCGGAGGGAGAACCUGUCGUCUCCCAUCCGCGCAUUCUUCAGGGAAUAUUACCCGCAGGGCGACAUUCCAGAUGCGCACCCACCAUCCGUCAAGCUGAUAUCUCCCGACAAGGAGAUCAUUAUGCUGCGAUCCAACACCGCGGCGUUCAACUCCCCAGUGAACGAUACGCAGCUCGAUAUUCCGCUCAUGCCACCUCCAUCCCCCCCGAAGUCCAGCCGCCCUCCAACGACAUCUUCCCAAACGAGGUCGGGUCGAAGGGUCACAUUCCGCAUCCCCCAAACCCCAGUAUCCGAUUCAGAAUCCAGUGACAACGACCGCCACAGCUCCCCCGAGUCGGUUUCGCCGACCGCCCGUCGGCCACGAGGUGCGGGUCUAGCAGUGUCCGCGAGAGGCUAUGGCAUCCAAUCCGGCCCAGCGCACGUCAUCGCUAAUGAGCAAUUCCAGACUCCGGACCUGUGUCGGUCGGCCGUCAUCACGUAUGCGGAGGAUGGCGAUUGGGGGGAUGCGGCGGCGGACGGAGGGAAUGAGGUGACGAACAGUAGUAGGACGAUGAGGAGCGGGAAGAAGGUCGAUGAGAGUGCGAAGGAGGGGAGUAAGCAUUUGCCGAUUCGGCAGGUGCCAGAUGAGCGAUGUGCGGAUUUUAGGGAGGAGUAUGUGGUGCUCGGGGUGAGAUUCGUGGUGCCCGGAUUCUAG